UCACCUGACCGGUCUGGGAAAACCUUUCGUCGCUGGUAACAGAAGGAAGGUUUACAGUGGAUUUUCCAUUGGUGUCUCAGAUGUGCAUAAAUAUUAAAAAUGGUUGAACCUAAAGAAAUCUCAAAAACUAGUCAAGGGUUGUCUGUUGUUUGCCAGUCUGACAUUGUAUUUUCCCAUCCUGGAGAUGAUGUUGUUCUGUCAUGUCAUCUUAAGCCGGCUAUCAGUGCUGCUUCAAUGGAGAUUCAGUGGUGGCAUAAGGAGGAUCCAGUUUUCCAUUAUAAGAAUGGACAGAUGACAGUGAACAUAGACUUUGAGGGUCGAGUGAGUCUCCCGUUGCAAGAUCUACAAAAUGGAAAUGUGUCUUUGACUCUCAGAGAUAUCAGGAGUUCACAGAAGGGCCUCUAUAUUUGUGAAAUCACCCAUGAAAGUCAGUCAAUACAAGAUACUGUUUUUCUCCAUAUCAGCUCUGAAGACUUUAGACUUGUCACUCCUGUUGGAACGGUAUCUGCUGACCCUGGAUCAGACGUCAUCUUACCUGUUCAUCUCUCACCUGAAACCAGUGCUGUGCCCCUAGACAUUAGAUGGUUCAGAGGGACAGAGCUCAUUUAUCAGUAUAAGAACAGAAAGGAGAAAACAAACUUUGAGAACCGAGUGAGUCUGUUCACCCAGGAGCUGGAGAGAGGAAAUCUUGCUCUGACUUUGAGAAAUUUUCAGCCAGCAGAUUCAGGAGACUAUACAUGCAAAGUCUUUCAUGAUGGAUGUCUGCAAACAGGAACAGUUCACCUGCAAGUGAGAGAGAUUCAGAGGUGUGAUGAUGCUAGAUUGAGACAUCUCCACAGUGUGCUACAACAAGUACAGAAUGAUAUUCUGCUACAAAAAGCACAACUACUGCAGGGAACCAUAAAUUUGCUUCAAGAAACACUCAAUGAAGAUGAAAUGAGAAAUAAUGCCUUUGGCCCUGCUCCUAGACGUUCAAACAGUAGGGAAGGAAUUCCUCCUCUCAUGGGAGAUGAUGGCAUGCACCAGACACGCACAAUGGAGGCGGGCAGUGUUGUGUUUGAGCGAAAUUUCAAUAUGCACAUUACCAGCAGAACACAUUCAAGUGCACCAAACAUGGCUAGACAUGAUGGUGGUCAAAACAGAAGACGAACAAGUGAAGGGAAUAUUACCACUCAACAAGAGCUGUCACGGCUAAUUCUACAAACACAGAAUCUCCUAAGAAAUAUCAGAGAUGAAUCAACCAUUGUACCUACAAGUGCUAGGACACAUGCACAGGAGAACCCUGGAACAUCAAUACAAAGUAUUGCCACAGAACAAAAGACAUCCUCCUCGGCUGUACAAUCACAGGUACAAGAAAGAGAAAGACCAUCAGAAUCAGUCAUGACACUAGCAGGAGAAUCAACACGAACAUCAGAGAGGCCAGAAGACGGAAGGCAAAGGACUCAACAAAGAAAUGAAAAUAUAAAGAAAACCUGUCAGAUUAUGUAAUUAUUAAACACAAAGUAGGAGAUAUACAAAUAUUACUAGUCUAUUGGGGUUAAGCAUGUAAAUAGAACAAUCUUAAUCUCUUAUUUAAUGUCAUGUUUGAGUAGACUGGAAUCAAAUUAGACGCAUGUUAAUUAUUCUCAUGUCAAUUAUCUCUGGUAAUGUUCAUCCAAAUCCUGGGCCAGCUAACUCAGUUACUGCCCGGCUGUCAUUUGGUGAAUUUUGUGAACGUAAAUCAUUGGGUUUUUUACAUGUAAAUAUCUACAGUCUGUUAAACUCGCCACAUGUGGCACUGAUGCUAGGGCAUUCUGGAAAACAGUCAAGGUAAUGGAAAAUAAAGUUAUUUCCCCUCAUUUACCAGUUUCUAUGUUAUUUAAUGACAAUAUUACUGAGAAGUCUCAGAUGGCCUCACUUCUAAAUCAUCACUUUAUUAAUGCAACCCAUACAGUUUCAAUGGCAAACCCUAAUCCAGUCUCAUUGGACACUUCAGUUACAACCUCAGCAGAUGUCCAACUUUCUCCACCAAGCAACAGUGACUUCUCCUUUAUGCCUCUCUCCACCUCUGAAGUCCAGAAUGAACUCACCAAGCUGAGUACAAACAAAUCUGCUGGCCUUGAUGGUCUUGAUCCCAUGUUCUUAAAAGCAGCAGCCCACAUUAUUGCCGCUCCGGUCACAAGACUAUUUAACAUGUCCCUACAGCCAUAAUUUUUCCCCUCUUCAAAGGGGGUUCUAAAUCUGACCCAAAUUGUUAUCGCCCAAUUUCCAUCCUACCAUGCCUUGCCAAAGUUCUGGAGAAGCUUGUUCAAAAACAGUUAAAUGAUUUCCUGGAUAAGAAUCAUAUAUUAUUUGACAUGCAAUCUGGUUUUCGAACGGAACAUUGGUGCAUAACAGCCACUACAAAGGUCCUUGAUGAUGUAAUUACAGCAUUAGACAGCAAGCAGGUCUGUAUUGCCACCUUUAUAGACCUUGCUAAUGCCUUUGUCUCUGUCGACCACAGCAUCCUUUUAUAUAAGCUUUCCAGUAUUGGUUUGUCCUCAUCUAGUUGUGAUUGGUUUGCCAAUUAUCUCACCAACCGUGUCCAGCAAUUGAAGGUUGAAAACAUCAUGUCAGACCCAUUUAUUAUCUCUAAAGGUGUGCCUCAAGGCUCCAUCCUGGGGCCAACCCUUUUUUCUAUAUACAUCAAUGAUAUAGGCAGAGCUGCUGGCACCUCCCGGAUUCGUCUUUAUGCAGAUGAUACCAUUUUGUACUCAGUUGGAUCCUCUCCAAAUACUGCGGCUUCCAGUCUUAAACUCAGCUUCACCUCUAUAGAGCAGUUUUUUGACAAUCUCCACCUCCGUAUUUACACUAGUAAGACAAAAUGUAUUCUUUUUAGCCAAAAACCGGUUACCCAGACUCCACUUACAAUCACCUGCAUGAACGGUAUGUCUCUGGAGUAUGUCAAAAAAUAUAAAUAUCUAGGCAUUUGGUUGGAUUCAUCCCUGUCAUUCAACACACACAUCAAUAACCUUCAAACAAAAGUCAAAGCUAGGCUAGCCUUUCUUUUCCGCAAUAAAGUUUCCUUUACUUAUGCUACCAAAUGCACCCUUGUUAAGAUGACAGUACUGCCAAUUUUGGAUUAUGACGAUAUUAUCUACAGAAUGGCACCAAACACAGCCCUAAAAAAACUUGACACAAUUUAUCGUUCAGCCAUCCGUUUUGCCACUAAUGCACCCUUUCAGACUCAUCACUGUGACCUAUAUAAAAUGGGCUGGCCCUCCCUUCAUACCCGGCGACUCCAUCAUUGGUUUCUCUUCAUAUACAAGACAAUCCUGGGCAAGACACCUCUCUAUCUGUCAUCUCUUCUUCAUGCCGUUCAUAACACCUAUUACACAAGAUCAAGUAAUUUGAUUAAAUUUAGUACCCCUCCUACUUCUACUACUUUUGGACGUAAUGCCUUCCGCUUUGCAGCAGUAUAUGACUGGAACAUACUACAAAUACCCUGAAACUUACAUCUCUGAUACCAAUCUCCACCUAUAAGCAGAACCUUCAAAAUUAUAUAGUUGACUCUUGUUCCUGCUGACAAUCAUGAAUCAUAUUUAUAUACACAUACUUAAGCAUUUUACUGUUUUUCUUUUUCUCUUUUUUCUUUGUUGUUUAUCUUUUUUAAUUCAAUUGCUUGUUUUAUGUGUCGUUUUUGACUAUGUACAGUUGUACAGUAUGUUCCUAUUUAUUCCUGUAGCCUCUUGGACAGGUCAUGUUUGUAAAUGAGAAGUGGUUCUCAAACAGUUUACCUGGAUAAAUAAAGGAA